AUGGGAAUUACCAUAAUUUGUCCACCCAGAAACGGGCUUCUAUUAAGCCCUACUGACGAAAGCGAUAAAUCUGGCGAAACCGGCGAAGGCGGCGCGUCCAGCAGCAGGCGAGGCACAUCAGGCCGUUUGGGCACGUCCGGAGCUGGCCCGGCGAUUCGGAAAGGCUCGCCGAGCCUGAGCCGCGCCAGGCUCGGGUUGGGGGAAAUCCGGCUGGACCUGGGCGCGUUGCGCGCGCGCACGGAGCGGGAUUUCAACGCGGAGGCGAUGGAGGUGCGCGCGCGGAAGGAGAAGUUCGCGUUCUUCCAGAAGGACUGUAGCCGCGUGCUGGAGCACGUGUUUGUCGGGAGCGAUUACGUGGCAAGAAGUCGCGAGAUCCUGCGCGAGGCGGGUGUGACGCACGUGCUCAACUGCGUGGGAUUCGUGUGCCCCGAGUACUUUCCUGGAGAUAUCGUGUACAAGACGCUCUGGCUGCAGUACUUUCCCGGGGAUAUCGUGUACAAGACGCUCUGGCUGCAGGUGAGCGGGGGGAGGGAGUGGGGCCUGGGGGAAGGGAAGGGGGGGGAAAAGGACAACACAGCGGAGGACAUCACAUGUGUGCUCUACGACGUGUUUGACUAUAUCGAGGGCGACAACACAGCGGAGGACAUCAUAUGUGUGCUGUACGACGUGUUUGACUACAUUGAGGGGGACAACACAGCGGAGGACAUCACAUGUGUGCUCUAUGACGUGUUCGACUACAUUGAGGGCGUGCGGGAGGGCGGGGGGCGCGUGUUCGUGCACUGCUGCCAGGGCGUCUCGCGCUCCACGUCGCUUGUUAUCGCCUACCUCAUGUGGACACAGAGGAUGGAGUUUGAGGAGGCGUUUAGGCGGGUGAAGGCGGUGAGGGGCGUGGCGAGUCCCAACAUGGGCUUCGCCUGCCAGCUGCUGCAGUGGCAGAAACGAGUCCUGCCGCCCAAACCAGCCGCCCCUGCACCUGCAGCAGCUCUCCCAGCGCCAGCUGAUCCGCCAACAGUAGCACCAGCGGCAGCAGCAGCGCCGGCAUCGUCUGAAGCGUCGGGCGGCGUGGUUCGGCAGCACAUGUACCGCAUGGCCCCGCACUCCCCGUACGACGCCCUGCACCUGGUGCCCAAAACCGUCCCUUUCUCCCGCCACUCCCUCGACCCGCGCGGGUGCUUUGUGGUGCAGGCGGGAUCUGCUGUGUUCUGCUGGGAAGGCAAGCAGUGCCAUUCCCUCAUGGCCCAGCAAGGGUUGGCCACUGCCAGGCAGACUAUCAAAUAUGAAAGUCUGGGCGGGGAGGCGGUUAUGCCCAAGCCAACAACCCCGUGUAAACCCAAAACACUAACCCCUUCCCCACCCAAACCUAAUUCAUCACCCACACCUGUGAGCCCUCUUGUUCCCUCGCUGCCUCAUGCCGCCUCUGCCCCAAACGCCCCUCACACCCCCACCUCUCCUGAACCUCCCAACCUCUCUUCUCAGCUCACGCCCCCGAACCUGCCCUCGACAUCUGCCGGACCUAGCCAGACGUCCGGGUCUCCGGGCUUCUCUGCUGUCCGAACCUCGUCCACACUCUUAGGCUCGACCUCGCUCUUUGGUGCGGUAGACAGGUUUGCGCAGAAGCUUCGGCGCCGAAGCUGGGACCGCAAGGAGGCGGAACAGCUUCGGAAGAUGGCUGCGGCGGCGGAAAAAGAAGUAUCGGGAAGGAAAGAGAAGGGGAAGGAGGGGAAGGGACGUAAAAUUGACAGCCCUUCAGAAGGGAAAGAAACAGCAGCAGGAGACGCAGAGGGAUCAGGAGGAGGAACGGGUAGGAGCAGGAACACUGAGGGGCGCGUGAGGAGGAGUGAGAGCCUCUCAGAGGAGCAGCUAGAGGCGCUAGCAGGGCAGCUGCAGUGCGGUGGGCUGCUAGACCCGUCUGAUAUCCGCCUGCGCCGCCCCUUCCUGCGCGGCCUGGGGCGCACUGGGGGAGGCGCGGACUGGGGCAGGCGGAAACUGGCGCAGGGGGAGGCGGGGAGGGAGGAGGAGGAGGGGUGUGGGGCGGGUGAGGCGGUGGAGGAGGGGGAAGGGAGGGUGGGAGGCGAGGGGGAGGAAGGGAGUGUGGAGGAGGAGAGGGAGAGAGGGGAGGGGAGGGUGGCGGGUGAGGAGGCAGGGGGGGGAGAGGAGGGGCGGGCGGAGAGGGGGAGGGGGCGGGAGCGGAGGAAGAGGGGCGAGGGGCGGGGCAUGCGUGGCCUGUCUCCCAUGCGCCUGCUGGCGAAGCUGUCAGGGGCAGCAGGGGGGGAGAGGGAGCAGAAGGGGGCGGGAGAGGGCGGAGCAGGCGGAAAUGCAAUAGUGCCUGGCAGGGUGGGUAGGGCCGCUGUGCCUCCCCUUGCUGCUCUGCAAGGCACCAGUGGCCUUGAUGGCCCUCCAGCCACCUCUGCUGCUGCUGCAACAGAUGCAACAGCUGAGCCACCUGCUGCAGCACCCACAUCACCUGAUAAAGCACCUGAAGUGCUAUCUGGGCCAGCACCCAGUUCACCUGCAGCCGCACCUGUUCCCAUCCAAAUUCCAAACUUAACUCUCGUGCAUAACUCACCCGCCCUCCCCCCCACUGCAUCCGCCUCCUGCUGGUCUGCCCUCCCCCGCCCUCAAUACGACACUGACUUUGAUUACUUUGAAAGGGCUCUAACGGGCGGCACGCCCCGUCCUGUAGCGGGCUUCGUCUCCCUCUCAGCCAAGCCGAACGUGCUGCCUCACAAGGGCCGCGGGUGGCUCUCUGACGAACCAGCCUGGAAUGACAACCCUUCAGGUUCGGCGGCUGGUUCGGGCAUAGGCUCGGUAGGAGGGAAUGCGUUUGGUUCCAAGGAAUGGCCGAGCUGGAUCCCAAAGAACAGGUUCGGGGUGCUAGGCUUGGCGGGCGGUCCGGGACUGCCGUCUCCAUCAUCAUUCUCCCCCCGUUCACUCGCGUUCUUCCCCCCUGGCGGCAUGGGCAUAUACGGGCAGGAGCUGAUGCGCUCUGUGUCCAAGGCACAGCAGGAGGGGGCGGGGCAGGGAGUGGGACAGAAUCAAGGGCAGGGGAAGGAGAAUGGUGGGGCAGAGUCAGAUGCAGGUGCUAGUGCAGCUGCGGCUCUUCCCUCAGCAGCACAGGGGAUGGGGUCUGGAGGAUGUGGGAAUGUGGAAAGUGGGGGAGUGGGGUUCACCCCAAGGGGAGUGGGUCCCUUUGGGGGCUUCUCGCAGGGAGAGCUGCUUACUACCCCUCGUGGCGCCAGGUCUUCUGUGAAACCGCCCUGGGAGGUAGGCACGGAUAAAUUUGCCAGUGCAGGCUGGGGUGGAGGCCCCCCUGCGCCAUACAUGCACCCCGCUGGCGGGCCUUCCGCCCCGGGGGGACCGCGCGGACAGGGACCAAUUUUACGGCAGCCGAUCUCAUCGUACGUCCCCCCGCACCUGCGCGGCCGCGGACCAGUCGGCGGGGGAGAUUUUGCGCAGCCCCCGGGUAUGCCGGGGAUGGGCCCACCGGGAGCCCCCGGCCCUGCGCCGGUAGUUUCCUGGAAUGCGCCGGCGGGGGGAGCUGGCGGAUCGUGGGCGGAUCAGGCAGGCGCGGCGGGUCCCGCAUACGGGGGACCUCCGCCGGACGGCGCAUGGAACGGCGGAGCUUCAGGCGGAGGCGGCUGGGGUGGCGGAGGAUACGGCGGAGCGGGUGGAGGCGCGUGGCAAGGCGGGGGUGCCGGAGGCGGGUACGGCGGCGGCCGAGGGGGAUAUGGCGGCGGGAGAAGGGGCGGCGGCGGUGGCGGCGGCGGAGGGCCUCUGGGAGGGUUUAGCGGGUCAGGCGGCGGGCGGGAGGAGGAUCCGUUUUCGUCGCAGACAAAGAAGGACUCGGAGGCGGUGUUUGAGAACCACCAGAACACGGGCAUUAACUUCGACGCGUACGAGGAUAUCCCCGUCGAAACCAGCGGCGACAAUGUCCCCCCCGCCAUCACUGCUUUCGACGGAUCGGGGCUCCAGCCCGCGGUGAUGGAGAACGUGAAGCGCUGCAACUACUCCAACCCCACGCCCGUGCAGCGGCACGCCAUCCCCAUCUCGCUCGGGGGCCGCGAUCUCAUGGCGUGCGCGCAGACGGGCUCCGGCAAGACCGCCGCCUUCUGCCUGCCCAUCAUCUCCGGCAUCCUCGCCGCUGGCCCCCCGCCCGACCGCCCCCGCUUCGGCCGCAAGGCAUUCCCCCUCGCGCUCAUCCUCUCGCCCACGCGCGAACUGACCAGCCAGAUCCACGCGGAGGCCUGCAAGUUUGCUUACAAGACUGGCCUGCGAGCCGUCGUCGUUUAUGGCGGUGCCCCUGCCGGCCAGCAGAUGCGGGAGCUGGAGAGGGGAGUUGAGAUCCUUGUCGCCACGCCUGGAAGGCUGUGCGACAUGUUGGAGCGAGGAAAGGUAUCCCUCACCAUGUUGCGCUACAUGGCCCUGGACGAGGCGGAUCGCAUGCUCGACAUGGGCUUUGAGCCGCAGAUCCGGCGCAUCGUGGAGCAGGAGGGCAUGCCGCGCGCGGGCGAGCGCCAGACGCUCAUGUUCUCGGCCACCUUCCCCAAGGAGAUUCAGCGCCUGGCGGCGGACUUCCUGGCCAACUACGUGUUUCUCACCGUGGGGCGCGUGGGGUCGUCCACGGACCUCAUUCAGCAGCGCGUGGAGUAUGUGCCCGAGCAUGACAAGCGGUCGGUUCUCAUGGACCUCAUUCACGCCCACCACACCUCCAACGGCGCUUCUGGCAAUGCGGGCGGGCUCACCCUGGUCUUCGUCGAAACCAAGAAGGGAGCCGACUCACUGGAGGACUGGCUGUGCCGCAACGGCUUCCCCGCGGCCUCCAUCCACGGGGACCGCUCCCAGCAGGAGCGCGAGUCCGCGCUGCGCUCCUUCCGCUCCGGGCGCACGCCCAUCCUCGUCGCCACCGACGUGGCAGCCCGAGGCCUCGACAUCCCGCACGUGAGCCACGUCAUCAACUACGACCUCCCCUCCGAUAUCGACGAUUACGUGCAUCGGAUCGGGCGUACCGGACGUGCGGGGAAGACUGGUCUGGCGACGGCGUUUUUCUGUGACAAGGACACGAACCUGGCGCGGUCGCUGAUAGAGUUGAUGAGUGAGGCGAACCAGGAGGUGCCCGGGUGGCUGCAGAACUUCGCGUCACGGUCGGGGUAUGGCGGCGGGGGGAAGGGCAGACGAGGAGGGGGUGGGAACCGGUUCGGAGGGAAGGAUUUCAGGAAGGAGCGCGGGGGAGGGGGAGGGGGGUAUGGAGGGGGUGGAUAUGGCGGUGGGGGGUAUGGAGGCGGGGGAGGGUAUGGGGGCGGGUAUGGCGGAGGAGGGGGAUAUGGCGGUGGUGGUGGUUAUGGUGGCGGUGGUGGUGGGUACAGCAACGCUCCUCCCAGCGCCUGGGAUUAG